GUUGUGUUAAGUGCGCGAAAACAUUUGGAACAGCAAGUGCGCUAUCGCACCAUAUGGAAAAACACGUAGACGCAGAGUACAGUUGUUCGUUUUGCAUGAAGAUUUUCAAGACUAGAACGCAGUUGAGGAAUCAUAUAUGAUCUUCCAUGAAGUUUGGAUUGAGUCUACUCAUAUAGAAACUAACAGUAAAGACGCUAGUACAUUAGAAGAUCUUAGAUGUAAGAAAUGCUCAAGACUGUUUGGGUCUGUUGAUCAGCUGAACGAACAUGACACUGACGUACACCCGCCUGGAUUAUAUGUUUGUAAUACAUGUUGCAAAGAAUUCAUGAAUCUGACGUCAUUGGAAUAUCAUGAGAGAUAUGCUCAUACAGAUAAUCGCGAUUACCAAUGCGAUAAGUGUGGCAAUCAGUUCAAAACGGAAAGAUGUUUGCAGAAACAUGAACAGCGCGUACAUCUAAAACGUUUUGACCAUAUAUGUGAACCGUGUGAAAAAGGGUUCGUUUACAAAUCUGACUUGCAGAAACAUCAACGCACACAUCACAAGUUGGAUGGAAAUGAGAUCGACAAGAAUGAAACGGAACUUUACGCUUGCAGUGACUGUUCUAAAGUGUUCCCCAGCAGAACGCAACUUUCUAACCACAGGAGAAUAGUUCAUGCUCCAAAAAUAUUUUCGUGCGAUAUAUGUGAGAAGAAAUUCAAUCAGAUAAGAGGAUUGAAAAGCCAUAAAGAGUUGGUUCAUCCAGAAAAACUAUACAAUUGCGACGAAUGUGCUGCUGAAUUUAAAAACAUGAAACUGUUGACCAACCACAAAACUGCCGUACAUUUAGGAGUGUUUAAGCACUAUUGUCAAGAAUGCGACAUAGGAUUCAUGUACAGUCAAAAACUGCGCGAACACCAGAGGAUCCAGCAUGACAAGAUACCGUUCAGUUGCGAUAAGUGCGGGAAAACAUUUGGCACAGGAGCGGGGCUGUGGAAUCAUAUGGAGAAACAUGUAGAUGCUGAGUACAGUUGUCCGCUUUGUAUGAAAAUUUGCAAGUCUAGAACGCAGUUGAAGAAUCAUAAACGAGUAUGUAAACAGCAAGAUCGCGAAAAGUAUGUUUGCGAAAGGUGUGGCAAAGAAGUACUUUCGAAAAAGAGUUUGCAAAGUCAUAUGAACGCGCAUGACGGUUUGAAACCGUACAAAUGCGACAUUUGUGGUGAGGCGUUAGCUUCUGUUGGCAAUCUGCAAGUCCAUAAAAGAAUACAUACUGACGAAAAACCUUAUGCCUGCACUUUCUGCGAAAAACGUUUCAGACAAAAACCUCCGUUGACGCUUCAUAUGAGGAUCCAUACAGGAGAGAUGCCUUACCAAUGUACAGUGUGCACAAAGAAGUUCAUCGUUAAAGCUGCCUUGAGGAAUCACAAAUGUCGAGGACCACCUGCUGAAACAGAUCCAACAGAAAGUGAAUAAAAAAGUAUAUACUUUCACAAAAGAGAGUCAGAUACGAAGUAAUGAACAAAACAUUUGUAUUGCUACACUGUAGUCUGAUUAAGUAUUAAAUUUAACCAAAAUGAAAUACAGGCAACUUCUUUCAGGGUAUCAUUACAUGAUCAAACAACCUUACCUGUAUGUGAAAGCCUCGUCUCGCAAAUAGAAUAGCUGUAGUACCCCGUUUCCCCCUGUGUCAACUAAAUUUACAUUUACAUUGUAACAACUAAAGUUAGGGCUUUUAACAACAGGUAAUACGACGUACAUAGGUUCAAAAAUAAAAAUACCAUCUGUUACAUGGUAACAAGCAAAUAACGUAUGUAAUAACAUAGUUCAGUUCAAGGUGUGAAAACUUAGCUUACCUCAAAUGCAGCCUUUCUAACAUUCACCUAACUUCAUAAACUUGCACCUAAAACAGAUCGAUCAGUCGACAAUUGAUGCCCUUUCAGAAAAAGAGUCCGGCAAGCUACUUUCUGAUGCAUGCUCCGCGACGAAAAGGAACGAAAGGAACCGUGAAGGUGACCUUCCGACAAUGCACAUCAGAAUUAUCUGCCCACCUUCGCUCCAGUUGUCUAAUAUUCGUGUUCAGCGAUUGCUCGUAUGAAGAACUGUUCCUUUGUCGUUUCGUAUGUUUGGGCACCUCGACACUGCUGAAAACGUGAACACCGGUGCCCGAACGAGUAACUCGAUGCUUGGCACGUGGCACGAGAACAAGGAAUGAGC